AUGACAGUGGUGACGAGGAUAAAGUCGUUGGAGACCGUCGAAAAUAUGACUGCUAUCGGGAAGAUAGAAAGUUUUGAUGAAACAGAGGAGAAAUGGGAAACCUAUGUAGAAUGGGUGGAACAGUUUUUCUUAGCAAACAACAUUGAUGAAGACCACCGAGUGCCAACCUUGUUGAGCUUGAUCGGUAGUAAAACGUACACAUUGUUGAGAGAUCCUCUUACACCAGAUAAACCAGCUACGAAGAGCUUCCAGGAGAUCGUCACGACUCUUCAGCAACACUUCAAUCUUAAACCAUUAGAAAUAGCGGAGCGUUUUCGUUUCUACAAACGGAUUCAGCGUGAAGAAGAAACUCUCUUGACCUAUGUAGCAGACCUGAAGAAAUUAGCAACCCACUGUAGCUUUGGGGCCAACCUUAACGAAGCUUUACGAAAUAAACUGGUUUGUGGCCUUAGAAAUGUGCAGAUACAAAAACGUUUGGAUUCAGAAGCCAAACUCAAAUAUUCCAAGGCUUUGGAAAUAGCAACGGCUAUUCGUGAUGCUGCGGAAUUACAAAUUGAGCUUCAAUCAGAACCUCGAGUUGGCAAGAUCUCAGAUAACCACACACAAGCGCCAUCGCCGAACCCCACCACUAAAGUUUGCUAUCGAUGUUGGGGAGACUCGCAGGCAACGCACAAUUGCAGAUUCAAGGACCAAAUAUGUUAUCAUCGUGGGAAGGUUGGCCAUAUUUCAAGAGCUUGUCGCUCGAAACAACAAGGUAAGCCAAAACAACCACCGAAACCACCGCUUAACACUCAAGUCCAUUCUAUUGAGUACAGUGAGAGCGAUGAAUUUGAAAAUGUAUUAGGAAGAAUAAAGAUACACAAUGUAACCAAACCGAGCAGUACUGUAAUCUGGAUCGAUCUAAAAGUGGAAGACAAACUUGGAACGUUCAAAUCAGCUAAAGCAAAGCUAACCCUUAAAGAAGAUAUCCAAGCCCAUUUCUGCAAACCUGGUGCUGUGCCCUAUGCCUUAAGGCCUAAAGUUGAAGAAGAGCUAAGAAGACUUCAGAAUGAAGGAAUUGUCACGAAAGUUCAGUGGAGCGAGUGGGCAACACCCAUUGGACCCGUCCCAAAGAGAGAUGGAUCUGUCAGGCUAUGUGGUGAUUACAAGGGCACGGUAAACCCAGAACUACAGGCUGAACAAUAUCCCUUACCCUGCAUCGAAGAUAUCUUUGCAAAGCUUGCUGGUGGACAGAAAUUCUCAAAGAUUGAUCUACGCCAGGCAUACCACCAACUAGAGAUGGAAGAAGAUUCCAGAAAAUAUCUCACCAUCAACACACACACAUGGGGUUGUUCUAGUACGGUAGAUUAG